AUGUCGCUCAAGAACCACCAGUUUACGCUCAACACGGGCGCCAAGAUGCCCGCCAUCGGCCUGGGCACGUGGCUGGCCAAGCCGGACGAGGUGCGCGUGGCGGUCAAGACGGCCCUCGAGCAGGGCUACCGCCACAUUGACGCGGCGCGCGUCUACGGCAACGAGCACGAGGUGGGCCAGGCGCUCUCCGAGUCGAUCCAGGCGGGCAUCCUGAAGCGCGACGACGUCUUCAUCACGUCCAAGCUCUGGAACACCGACCACGCCCCGGAGCGCGUCGAGGCCGGCCUGCGCCGCUCGCUGCGCGACAUUGGCGUCGAGUACCUCGACCUCUUCCUCGUGCACUGGCCCAUCGCCUUCAAGGGCACCGCCGACGAAAACGUCCUCUUCCCGCGCAACGACCAGGGCCAGAUCGACGUCGACACUUCGCAGUCCAUCGCCGCCACCUGGGCCAAGAUGGUCGAGAUGAAGCGCAAGGGCCUCGUCCGCGCCAUCGGCCUCUCCAACGUGUCCAAGGACAUGGUCCAGGCCGUCUGCGACGCCGCACAGUCCGACGACGAGGUGCCCUCGAGCGUCCAGGUCGAGUACCACCCGCUCGUCGCACCGCUCCAGAGGGAGCUCAAGGACUACUGCGACAGCAAAAAGAUCAUCCUCACCGCCUACUCUCCCCUCGGCAACAACCGCAUCGGCGAGCCGCUCCUGGUGCAGCGGCCGACGCUGCUCGACGUCUCGGCCAAGACGGGCCACACGCCCGCCCAGAUCCUCAUCCAGUGGAUCGUGCGCAACGGCGUCUGCGUCAUCCCAAAGUCGGUCACGCCCUCGCGCCUCCAGUCCAACCUCGAGUCGCUCGACUUUGACCUCUCCGACGACGAGCGCAACGCCGUCGACGCCCUCGCCAACGACAACGUCGUGCGCUACAACGUCCCCAUCCGCUACGCCGCACCCAACGGUCCCUGGCUCGUCGACCUCUUUGGCACCGAAAACGAAAAGACCGACGCAAUCUGGAAGGUCGCCACCGGCCGCGUCGAAAAGAUCUGA